AGGGCUCCCCACACGAGGUCCAGCAGGAGCCGCCGCCCGAUGUCGGAGGCCACCGCUGCCCCCGCGGGAUGCCAGGGGGGCGCCGCGGAGGCCUGCGGGGCCGCCUGCUCCGGCGCCGCGGCGCUCCGCCGCAUCACCGGCCUCCUUGCCGGGGCCCGCCGCGCAGACGCGCAGGGUGAGUACCGGCAGGCCUUCGACCAGUAUGCGGAGGCCCUGCGGGUGCAGAGGUCGCUCGCCUCGGCGCCCCUCGGCAGCAUCGGGAAGUCUCUGCGCGCCGUGGCCGUGAGGGUGGAGGGCCGGCUACAGCAGCUGCGCCAGCUGCUCGAGGGCGACACCAGGGUCGACGCCAGCUCCUGCAGCAGCGGCUCCAGGGGCAGCGCCGCGCCCGCCGCCGCUGGCGGUGCGGGUGGCUCCUGGGCCGCCGCGCGUGAGCUGCAGCUGCUGGGCACUGGCGCGGGGUCGCCGCGGCCCUCCGGGGUGGGCCAGCCUCCGGCCGCGCCGCGGCCCGCGACGGGGGUGUCCUUGCCGACCUCGGAGACCGGCCGGCCGGAAGAGCGGCCGCCGCCGAGCGCCCGGGGCCGCCCUCGGCCCGCGACGCGCGACGGCGGCCGCCCCACGACGCGCGACGGGGUGGCGCUGCCGCUGCCGCUGGAGGGCGGCAGGCGCCAGUCGCCGCCCGCGGAGAGCGCCCCGCGCCCAGCCACGCGCAGCGAGGCGCGCAGCGCCACCGCCUCGCACCAGCAGCUGUUCGGGCUUGACGGCAUGCGGCCGAGCACGCGCGAGGAAAGGAGGCUGCAGCAGAUGAUCGAGGGCGAGCCGCGACGCGCCCGACCGGGCUCGCCACGCAGGGAGUCCAAGGGCGAGUCCAAGGGUGCCGCGGCACGCCCCGGCACGAGGGACGGGGCACGGUCGCCCGCGCGGUCACGGCCAGAGCAGCGGCGGGGAGCGCACGACGUGGCCGUCCGGCAGGUCAAGGUGGGCAGAAAUCGUGCCCCCCGGCUGCCCGCCGACGUGGAGCCCUCCGUCAGCCCGAGCACGCCGCGCAGAGGUGCGUCUGGGAGCCCCUCGCUGGCGGGCACGGGCCGCUGGCGCACCGCCAGUGUGGGGGCCGCCGGGGAUGAGAGCGUGGACCUCCUGGAGUGAGAGGUGGCGUCAGCGUCCCAAAAGCGUGUCACCAUGUCCACUAUUUUUCUUCUUGUCCUUCUCGCUCUGUUGCUCCUUUUCCUCCUCAUCCUUCCG